AUGGCCCGCACUAAGCAGACUGCACGCAAGUCUACAGGAGGGAAGGCUCCUCGCAAGCAGCUCGCCACCAAGGCUGCCAGGAAGUCAGCUCCCGCUACUGGUGGCGUGAAGAAGCCUCACAGAUAUCGUCCGGGUACAGUGGCUCUUCGUGAGAUUCGCAAGUACCAAAAGUCUACUGAGCUGCUCAUUCGCAAGCUCCCAUUCCAGCGUCUCGUGCGUGAAAUUGCCCAGGAUUUCAAGACGGACCUGCGGUUUCAGAGCUCUGCGGUUAUGGCUCUCCAGGAGGCUGCUGAGGCUUACCUGGUCGGUCUCUUUCAUAUCCUUCGUCUCCAGCUCGCGGUACUACCUCCACUGUACUUCAACGUUCAUUUGACGCUCUUCAGAAUGGCUCGUACUAAGCAAACUGCUCGUAAGUCAACAGGAGGCAAGGCUCCUCGCAAGCAGCUCGCCACCAAGGCCGCCAGGAAGUCAGCUCCCGCUACCGGCGGCGUGAAGAAACCUCACCGCUACCGUCCCGGAACCGUGGCGCUUCGUGAGAUCCGCAAGUACCAGAAGUCGACGGAGCUUUUGAUUCGCAAGCUCCCCUUCCAGCGGCUAGUGCGUGAAAUUGCUCAGGACUUCAAGACAGACCUGAGGUUUCAGAGUUCCGCUGUGAUGGCUCUGCAGGAGGCUGCAGAGGCUUACUUGGUCGGUCUUAGAUCGGCGCUCGUCCUGCGAGCUCACACGAUGAGCCUCACUCGCCAGUCAAUUGGCCUUUACCGUCGGCUCCUACGCACUGCGAGGAGCUGGCACGGCUCUGCAGAAGAGCGGACGUAUAUCAAGGAGGAGAGUCGGCGAGCGUUUGAGAGCAACAGAGACGUCCAGGAUAAGGAGCGCAUCCGGGAACUGUUGGAGGAGGGCGAGGCUCGUCGGCAGAUGGCGGUGCAUUAUGGCAUCCCGUAUCCACGCUUGCACAACAUGCCAACUGGCGCUGUCAGCUCCAAGAAGGCGCAGUUUGUGGUCCCCACAUCCAUGUCAGCAGUGUACCAGGGUGAGAAGGACACGGACUACACCCCCCAAGCCUCCGCGUCUCGCUGA